CGUAAGCUAGCGCUACUACUAGUACUAGUAGUAGUAGCGGCAUUUCUUUCUUCUUGCCGGAUCACGAAUCAAUCGGAAUCAUCCUCUUAUCUCCUUCUCCUCUCAUUCUAGACUACAGCCUACAGGAGUAACUGUGUAAAGGGCUGGGCUUGCGCCAAGCAGUGGCCGGGCAAUAGCGACCCUAACUAGCUACAGCAGGCGAAAGGCUAGGCGCUAGGCCCCGAGCGUCGGAGACGUACGAAUCGGCAGAGUAGGGAGAGAUUGAGGAAUUGGCACUGGACUGCUGCUGGAGCCAGGAGUACAAUCAUAGUCAUUGCAACGCUCGUUCGACAUUGUAAGCCACAAUGAGCGGGCAGAGUGAAUUUCGACAGUACUUCGCCGACAUGGACAGUGACAGCGCCUCUCGGUCGACAUCGCACAUUUCCUACUCUACUUCAAGUAGUGAGGAGCACCCGCCAAGAAACAUUCUCAAUCGAGACCCGUGCAAGUAUUGGAUCACAUCCGGCACGUUCCCUGCAAUCUUCACAGUAUCGUAUCGUGACAAGAGGCGGGUGUCCUCGGUCCAGCUGUACACCUCCCAAGUGAAAGCAAUCCAGGUGUUUGCUGGCACCGAGGAAAGCUUUCUCAAAGGCUACAGCACUACACCAGUUUGCCAACAAGAUGAUAUUCCUGAUGAAGAUGACCAGAUGCAGACCAUUUCAUUGAAGUUUUCAGAGCCUAUGGAGGUCCACAAUUUGAAGUUUGUGAUCACAGAAGGUCAGGAGUUGUUUGCAAGCGUGCACAGGCUGCACGUAAGCCGUUGAAAUGCUUGGACUGGACAGGCUGGACUGAGCCGAGUCAGCCUGGUUUCCGGCAUGCCAUGCAGCCCGGCAAGCUGGUGCUGGAAAGCUUUUCUCCGCCCAGCCAUACAUGAUGGUCAUCAUCUGUAUGUUGCAUCUGUCACAAUACGCCGAGAAUGCUGAACACUUACAGCAGCAUAUUAUCAUAUCCAUGCGCAUGGAAAUGUCAACAUUUGCUUGUAGGGUUCAUUUCCCCCCAGACUGAAUAGCACACCUACACACAACAAUGCCCAGAAAGUAAUAAUAUAGUUGUGGUAGUGUGUGUACAGUCAUACAUGUAUCUGUCGUGGUCUGAUUGUCGCUAGCACCAUCCCUCUUGCAUCAUACGGUACAUGUUCCCACAGUGUUCUUAUUUUGAUAUGCUACCAAACAGCAGACCUAUUCCUUGAUAUUCACAUUCUUGUGUAUAUUUCUAUUGUACAAAAUGCCCCUCUCCCGAAAUCGCAUUACUGGCGCAUGUAUUGUUAUGUAUUACGUUACGUAUGAUCUUGAAGUCUCAUCAA